CUGACCCUCUCUGCUCUGUCAGAGAGGCCCAGCGUCUGCAGGACGUGCCCAGCUUUUGUCUCUCUGUAUCUCCCCGCUGUCCACCACCACCGAUAUAGAUGCACAAAUACUCUUGACAAAACCCGCAGUCACCUUCACGGACCUCCGGCCGUGACACGGAGACCAAAGAGCCUCAACAGGAAGGACGCUUUAAUACCGAUGUAGAAAACAGCUACAUACUAAAUUGUUCGUGUGGAUUUUUCUUUUGGGAUUUGUCGGUUUUCACGCUUUUGUUCUCAUGGUUACUGGAAGCGUCUUAGUGUUAUAAUCGCGGCUAGCUGGGUUGAGGUGAAUAGAUUAACUUAACCUUCCAAUUUAAGGAAACUCUAUUUUGUGCUCCUCUUCUCAACUGUCCGGUACCUUGUACGCUAGCCCUCUUUUUCGCUUUUUCCCGGUCGCUUUCGACCUUCUGCAAACAUGUGGGAGUUCCGGUCCAUGUCCUUCUGGCGGGCGGUCUUCGCCGAGUUCUUUGGCACCAUGUUUUUUGUCUUUUUCGGCUUGGGAGCAGCACUGCGCUUUACCACCGGGCCUCACCAUGUGCUGAACGUGGCCUUCUGCUUCGGCCUGGCCGCCGCUACGCUCAUCCAGUGCAUUGGCCACAUCAGCGGCGGCCACAUCAACCCCGCCGUCACCUUUGCCUACCUGAUUGGCUCGCAGAUGUCCCUGUUCCGUGCCGUCUUCUACAUUGCAGCCCAGCUGAUGGGGGCGUUGGCUGGAACGGGUGUGCUCUAUGGGGUUACACCCAGCAACAUGCGGGGCAGCCUGGCGCUCAAUAAGCUGCAGCCUGGAAUAAGCCUGGGAAUGGCCACCACCGUCGAGGUCUUCCUCACGCUGCAGCUCGUCGUGUGCAUCUUCGCUGUGACGGACGACAGGCGUAACGGACGCCUCGGAUCCGCGGCCCUCGCCAUCGGCUUCUCCGUCACCAUCGGCCACCUCAUGGGGAUGUACUACACCGGAGCUGGAAUGAACCCAGCCAGGUCCUUCGCCCCUGCUGUGCUCAUGAGGAACUUUGUGAACCACUGGGUGUACUGGGUGGGCCCUAUCAUCGGGGGAGCGAUGGGGGCGCUGCUCUAUGACUUCAUGCUGUUCCCCCGCAUGCGCGGGCUCUCUGAGAGACUGGCCACCCUGAAGGGGAGUCGCCCACCGCCGGCAGCAGCGGCGGCCGCAGCCCAGCAGGACCCCCGCGGCGAGCCGGUCGAGCUCAAGACGCAGGCCCUAUAGACCCAGGGAGGAAGGAGGGUGCUGUUCCGCUCCUAUUUCAAGAACCAACCAGUCGCCGCACAGCACACACAGAUCCCUGCGAACACCCACACGACCCCCUGCAGCUGUAGUCCCCUACCUCACUGCCAGGUGAGCGCUGAACACAGUGAAACGCAGCGAAACGCAGCGAAACACAGUGAAACGCAGCCAACCUGCGGGCCCCCCCUCGAGCCACUCGGCGCCCCGCCCCGC